GUUAUUUUUUGGAUGACUUGUUUGCGAUCAUCCAGUGGUGUUCUUCGGGCUGCUGCGGUGCGGUGCGGUGAUGGUCGCGGUGCAGUGUUCCUUUAAAGGCGGUGCACACUUUCGUGUCGUCAUUGCGCAGAGCAGUUUUGAACCAAAAAGCGGAGUGACCUUCCUGGCUUCGCUCUCAGUGUGAGAGGGGCAGCAGUCAAGCGAGAAGCCGGCGGCCACACAGCUCACGCAGCCCCCCACCCCUCCGCUCCAAACUCAGAAAUGAACCACUUAAUCGGCGAUGAAAUCGGAAAAUUAUUUGUUGGUGGGCUGGACUGGAGCACCACACAAGAAACCCUGCGAAACUACUUUUCACAAUAUGGGGAAGUGGUAGAUUGUGUUAUAAUGAAGGACAAAACCACUAAUCAGUCGCGAGGCUUUGGUUUUGUCAAAUUCAAAGACCCCAAUUGUGUACGGACGGUGCUGGAGACAAAGCCGCACAAUUUAGACGGCAGAAAUAUUGACCCGAAGCCAUGCACUCCUCGAGGAAUGCAACCUGAAAAGACUCGAACUAAGGAAGGCUGGAAGGGCAGCAAAGCCGAUAGCAAUAAAUCGAAGAAGAUAUUUGUAGGUGGAAUUCCCCAUAACUGUGGCGAGCCUGAACUCAGGGACUAUUUCAAUAGGUUCGGCGUGGUCACAGAGGUGGUAAUGAUCUAUGAUGCGGAGAAGCAGAGGCCCCGAGGUUUUGGAUUUAUUACUUUCGAGGCCGAACAAUCAGUGGACCAGGCUGUCAACAUGCAUUUUCACGACAUCAUGGGCAAAAAAGUUGAAGUAAAGAAAGCAGAACCCCGCGACAAUAAAGCUCCUGGCCAGCUCGGCCCAGGCCAGUGGGCACCCAGGAGCAUCUUGACUGCAGCUAAUGGUUGGCCAGCACAGCCUGCCCACAGUUGGCAACAGCCUUAUGGGCCACAAGGCAUUUGGGUUUCCACUACUGGCCCACCUAUAGGUGGUUAUGGACCGCCAUUAACAGCAGGCCGGGGAACCCCGACACAGCCCGCUUCACCUUUCAGUGCGUUCCUGGUCACCACCCCAGCAGGCAGUUUUGCUGCAGCUCAGGGCUACCCUGCGCAGGGCUUUAGCACAGCACCUCAAUUUGGUUACACUUUUGGCACUCCUCAAGCAGAACAGUAUGUUCAGCAGGUUCCUCCUCCACCUACAACUCCCGGAAGUGCAACAUUAGGCUUUGCUCCUACCACUACACCAACUCAGGACUUGAGCAAAGCUUCCUCUGGGCAGCCCGACUUUCCGUAUAGCCAAUAUGGCUACGCUCAGGACCUGACUGCGUACAGCCACACCUUUGCAGAUCCAAGUCAGACAACGGCCUCAUAUGGCUCAGCACAGCCGACUGCUGCUCCACAGCCUGUCGCCAACACGUUUGGAAGAGGGCAAAACCACAACGUACAAGGCUUCCACCCGUAUCGACGUUGACUGUCACUUUGGGACAGGAAUUAUGUAAAAUUUUAUACAGAAAUCUUCUGGGGGGGCGCGGGCAAAAGGAGUCAGGUAAAUGUGUGUUGGAUUGUUCUUUGGGUUACUUUAAAUGCACAUUGUGAGAUGGAAACCUCCAUGUAAGUAGGUCUUCCAAUUUGGUCAAUAGAGUUGUACAAAUAUUUUUCUUUACCUAAUUUAUGGAAAAUUCAUGAUGAAACUCAAAGAUGCUUUUAUGUCCAAUACGUCAACAAUGUUUUAUAGUAGAACUAAAACUACUUUGCAAUAAUUUUGAUUGUUGUUGAACACUAGCACAUAGACUAUAUGAAAAGAGACUUACAUAUAAAUAUGUAUAUUUAUGGUUGACACAAAUGAAAACAGGGUUUUACAUUUCCCCAGCUUUAAAUUCUAGGGAAAUUGUUUUUAUUUGGUCACUGUUGUUUACGUUCUGAGCCUUUCAAGUUUGUUUGAAAUUGAGAUUAUAGAUAUAUAUUAUACACAAACUGUGCAAUUUUUUAAAAAGGAAUUUUGUACUCAAAUGUACACUUUGCUUGUUUUUUUUUUAUUUAAAGAUGUAGACUUCCCUCAGGUGGCUGUUUUGGGUGCGUUAUGCACUUAUGCAAAAAGGACAAAUUAUUAAAAAAAAAAGUCGUUACAAGGA